CAAGGACAAGUUAAGCGCGAAAGUUGUUACACGUCAUUUUCAGUUUCCACGAUGUUGUUCUCACUAGUUUUUCUUUCUCUGUGCUUUUGUUUCUGUGAAGCCAAAUCAAAUCGCAUAUUGCUUCGAGAUGUAGAUGUCAUAACCUUAUAUCAUGAUAAAUUUGCCCAGUCAAGAAAAGGUUAUAGAUUACCCCAGCUUAAAUGUAUUGGUGGGAGUGGUUUCAAACAUCCCCAGUAUUAUCCCAAGGUUGUCCAGUGUUAUAAUCGUGGAUUCGAUGGUCGUGAUGUCCAAUGGGAAUGCAAAGCUGAACUAGAUAAGAGUGUCUCCUUUGGGGCCGUGAACGUUAACUGUGAAGGCUAUGACUACCCAGAGGACGAGUAUAUUGUUUAUGGCUCGUGCGCUCUGGAAUACGAAUUAAAUGUACGAGGUUCUACUCGGGAGAAAAUAAAUCACAGAACAUUUGAAAAGGUGUAUACACAUGCACAAAAUAACUCUGGCUACUUCAUAAUUAUUGGAUUGAUUGUAUUAGCUGCUAUAAUAUGGUAUUUUUGUAUUAGACCUUCUACAUUUCCAUGCGAGUAUAUUCCAUCAACUGGAUUUGACUUUUCACAAUCACAACAACGACCACCACCUCCGCCAUAUGAUGAGGCGAUUUUCGAUGAUCAUGAAGAUAAUUCUACAAGACGACGUCAAGCUCCAUCAGCCCCUCCAGAAUACGGUUGGACAUCCAAUGUUAUGGGUUCAUCACAAUCACGUUCUCGAUGGAAUUGGAAUAAAUCAAACGAUCAGUCCAGUUCAUGGUUAUCUAAUGGGUUGGCUGCAGGUGCUGGAUUUCUUGGAGGUUAUUUUAUGGGAUCUAGAUCAAAUACCAAUCCUGGUAGUAGUUUCAGUGGUUGUUCACGAACUACUCCAAUUUAUACUGAAGAAGAAUCAUUUAUUCGAAGUGGAAAUAGUUUUUCAGAUUCACAUUAUAGUUCUUCAAAUACACAAUUUACACAUGAUCGUCGUUCACGAACUCCUUCACCGGAAACUCAUAUAUCAUCGGGUUUUGGCGGCACAUCGCGUAGAUAAUUUUCUAACUAUAGAUGAUCGACCACAUUUACAUUUAUCAAUUAUCAUUCAUCGUCAUCAAGAUGUUCCUACAGUAUUCUUCUUUGAAUUAAAUUGGAUUCAGUUGUGUUCAUUCAUUAUUUUCUUCUAUUUUUUAUUAUUUCGAUAAUCAUUCACUUGUGUUCGGUAGGGGUUUUCCCUCUCCAGAUUUGAACUAAUCACUUUGUUAUCAUUAAAUUGACUUUUGUUCUGUUUAUUUGUAUGCAGAAUGUGUAUAAUAUUUUAAGUGGAAAUUGAUAUGUCUUGUCGAUUGAACGCUAUAUUCGUUUUCCUAAGCUAUUCUGGUAACCCGUAAGCUAGAACUACACAGCGACUUAAACACCAGAGAGAAGACGCAAAUUAUGGAAGAAAUACUUUACUCCAAGAUUCGUUCUUGUACAAAAAACAUAAGUAUUUAUAGAUGUUAGCGUUCGUUAAAUCAACAUCAUAUCUGUUAGCGUCAUAUUAUGCUACUGACCAAUAGUAGCGCGCCACGUUGAAAUUCUAGGAUGCUCUAUCGUGCUCUGAUUGGCUAGGACUCUUCGGCUCCUUUUUGGGCCUCUGGAGGCUCCGUUGAAGUUUUCUGAAAGACGACUCAACAGAAAUUACUUAGCAUACUUUUCAUGUUCUGGUUUAUGAAAUCAUUCCAUGAUGUUAUUAUUAAGACCGUGUAAUAAAACUGUAAAACACCGAUAUAGGGAAUCUGUAUCGAUGACUCGUGGGCUAUUCUAAUUGGGCAAGUAUGGUGUGACCUCCUAGCUUACGUCAAAACUACUUCUCGCGGCUAAUACUUAACGUGGAUCCUGAUAAGCAGGUGAAUCAGCUUUACAAGUGAUUGGUUAGAAUAAGUGCUCUCAAUAGGCAAGAUUAUGUGUUAGUAUUAACAGGUUACAGAAGUGCAAGACAGAAUCACUGCCGUACAAACUUAUUUAUAGCAUUCAAUUAAUCGCCUUUGUUGUCCUUCGCAAGGAUAUGCAAACUGUCGGCCACUUAGUGACCUGUCUACCGGGUGAUUUGACUGGGGCCCGUUGACAACAAACUCUAGAAAAUGGUACCAUCAUACGUUUGAUGAGUCAGAAUAGUUGUAUAAGUCUGAUCAGAUGCAUAUAUGUAGUUGUUUGUCAACAUAUUUUAUAAUGUACCUUAUGCUUUUGAAUUGAGAUCAGAUUCAGAUGGCUUUCAUAUACCGAUCUUGAAAUAUUUGAAUUAUAACGUGUUACGCUUACCAUUCUCGUCAUUAGAUGAAUAUUGUAUGCGGAACAGAAUGUCACGAAGUUCUCACCACUUGCACAUCGUCCAUGAAUUGUCCCUUACAAACUCCAUUGUUAUUCCAUUCCUUUUGUUGCUUCCACUGUUCUUUGUUUUAUUUCUCUUCUAACUUUCUUCUGCCAAUAAGAAUCUUACUUCCGAUUGCCGAUACAUAUAUACCUGAGCUUGUUAAACUGAAGCUAGUGGAAAACGAAACAAUAUUGGUGUACUCAAGAAUGCGAAUGUGUAACCGUCUAUUUAAAGGUUGUUAAUGACAGUUUAACUUUAUUAAAAGGUCAGUUUUAGUUUGGUGCCAUUUUGUUUCUCGAAUUUACUUAAGUCAACAUGUAAUAGUUCUCUUUGCCUUCUGUUAUAAAAAAAGGAUUGCGAACAAGCAGUGGCAUUUGUUUAUUUAAAUUCUUACCUAAUCACGCAUUUUACUCUCGAGGAUAAGGAAAUAUCACUGACCAGGGUUCUCUGACCUACUUGAAUAAGUGGUUCGGAUGAUUUUGAUAUCUGUCUUGAAUAACGGGGCACUGAGUUCUUUCGUCUUAAGCUUUGUAUUUCCCUUGAGGAUUUAAAGUUAGGUAAUGUAUCGUGAUGCAGCUUGAUGGUCUAAAUUUGAACUUCUUCGUUCAACGAUAAUGUUGUCCAGAUACGUAAAGGUGUUCACCUGUUCCGGAGAUUCUCCAUGAAGUGUCAUUUAGUUGGUGUCCUUCGUGUUUGCGUCUCAGGAUUUUCUUUUUUCCCUGUAUAUGUUGAGGCCAAUUGUUUCGGAGGCUGCUGCCACACUGACUGUCUUCACCCGUGUUUGUUUGUGUGUAUGGGAUAGAAGAUCUAGGUCAUACGUGAAGUCCAAGCUGUCUAGCUAUAUCCGAGCUAUCCAUCGUAUAUCACGCUUUCUCUGAGAUGUGGAGGUCUUCAUAAUCCAUUCGACCAUCAGAAGGAAGAGAAAGCGCGAGAGAAGGCAGCCUUGUCUGACUCCCGUUCUCACUUGAGAUGCAUCUACCAACUGUCCUCCCUGCAUGACUUUCAGUGUAGCCCAUCGUAAGAAUUCUGUAUGAUGUUUACGAUCUCCUCAGGUACACAAUAAUGUCGAAGAAGGUUUCAUAAGGUUCUUCUAUACACAUUGUCGAACACUUUCUCGUAGUCAAAGAAGGCGAUGUAUGGUGACGAGUUCUAUUCACUCGAUUACUGAACCGAUCCUUACGAAAUCCAGCUUGCUGAUCUCGAAGUUGGGUGUCUACUGAAUCUUUCGUCCGGUUCAACAAAACUCUGUUGAGAGCUCUCGGCAAUGAUAGUAGUGUGAUCUCUCUGUGACCAUCGUACUUACUGUGAUCUGUCGUUGGUAUCUUCAUGAGGUAUCCUUCUCUCCAGUAGGUCGACACUUGUUCUUCUUCCUAAAUCAUUCCGAAUAAAAUGUGGAGCAUCUUAACAGUUAUUUCUGUGUCUGAACUCAGGCUUCAUUUUCUAAUAACAAUCAUCAGUGAUAAGUAUCCGAAAAAGAAUUGAUAUUACCAGACAUAAUGUGAAGUAAAUCACGCGACAUAUUAAUGUAGUGUUAUUCGUCCCGAAUUUAUUUCAGUGCAAAGUCCUAAAUAUUCACAACAUUUAUUCGAAUCAUGCAGUUCAGUUCUUAGCACAUCGAUCAGUGCUACAGUACUCGAGGUGGUGGAGGUUAAACUACAAAGUCGCAGAUUCGAACCCCCUAGUUUGGACAAAAAUUUUAAAUGUUCAGUGAUUGGUGAAAAAGUUGAUGCAAAUCAAAUCCGAUAAAUUUUCACGUUAUAAGAACAAUUCACUAGCCCGUUAACUCAAAUAUUCAGCUCAUAUAGGAGUUCAGCUCUAGCGCGAAUAGUUCAGUGGUAGCAUCUUCAAAAGUGACAAAGGUUGAUGUGAAUUCAAUUUUCCUAGUGAAAAAGAGUUCCCCUAAAGUUUUAGCCUGAGUUCUGCAGUAAAAAAGUAUCACUAAACAUAGGUCAAUAUUUUUGUAACACCUACACAAAAUGCACUUAACAAAUCACUAUGCACUGCAAUGUCAGGUUACGUAAACUAGCGAUCACAGUGAAACUUUCUCAAUGGAAUCUCAUUACGUUUAAGGACGAAAUGACUUAUCAGCUGGUGUCGGGUCAACAUGAAAACACUCAUGAAUAAUUAUGAUCGCAGUGAGUGUGGAUAUCUGUCAAAAUAUGAAUAGGUAAUAAGUCCUGUCUAGUAUGUUAAUAACGAUUAAAUAGCCUGGUGAUUGUCGAGGUGAAACUAAAGCCAAAGUAGUACUGAACAACGGGAGAAGUAGCACCACGAAGGUUUAAUAGAGCUUACCUUCGAGAUACUGACAAAUUCAAAGUGUCCCUAAGUAAUAGGUUCUGGGCCUUACAAGAUCUACUCAAAGAAAAGUAAUCAACCAUGAAAGGGGAACAAAGAAACAAUGACUUCAACGUGUUAGGAAGUUCUGGACCGCAUGAUGAAUGGAUUUCCUCAGAAACUAUGGGAAGUACUCAAGAAAGGAAGAGCAGAAAGAGAGCAAUUAACAACAGCCGAGCAAGAUAAGAGAAAGUCAAAGCACGGGUUAAAUACAC